AUUGAAUUCUUAGAUAUGUUAUUCACGUAUUGUCAAUAUUGGACAGGAUACAAUGGACGUAAGUCUCCAAUGAAAAAGAUAAUACUCUGUCAAAAGAUAGGCUAGUUAUUUUUUUUUUCUUCUCUUCACUUUCCUUUUCUACAUCAUCCUCUCAUAAGCGAACGAAAAUUGUUUCAUCAACAUAGAUAAAUCCUGAGUGCACCUAUACGAACAUACGAAUUUGACGUCAUCGAUUCGGAGGAUCAACAAGAAGGAAGAACUACGGAUAAUUGUGCAAUGAUACUCUCGUCUACGCCCAGAUUUACUUUUACGUAUAUAUCUACCUUAUCGCAAAAGUAUUACCCUUUUGUAAACGAACAAAAGUGAAACUUUAUAAGCAAGUCGUUCAAUUUUUACGAAGAGUUUUUCGUUUAGCUUGUUAGUGAGAAGUCAUCUCGAUGGAAUCGUCAAUCGUUAAUAUAAUUUUAUUAAUAUUUUGUUUAUUUCACGAUUGUUAUAGUGCCAAUGAUAACGUGAGAGAAAUUAUUCUCAUUGAUAAAGAAGUGCCGAUAAAAUAUGAUAAAGUCGAGAGAGAAAUUUAUCCUUUUCCUCAAGAAAUUUAUCAACGAAAACCAUUGGAUAUCGAAAUUGAAACAUUCUGGGGUAACAGGACUAUUGGUAUUUUUAAGGACAUAGGUUGUAUAAUUCAAACAAGAUUAUUAUCUUUCAAAGAUAAUUAUAAUUUCAGGUAUUGUUUGACAAAUGAGCUACUUCAGGUCAAAAAGGAAAAAGAUCCUUUUCUUCACAUCAAUUUCAUCAAUAAAUCCAAAAAAUUUGUAAAACAAACAACGGAAAAUUUCCUAAGAUUAAGUGAAAUGAGCAAAGCUGAAAAAAGGGAAAAGAUUUUCAAUAAGAAUUGCAAGAUUCACUUUGACAUCUAUUGCGACGACAUAAAGAACAAUGAGACAUCUAGUUAUCGAGAGAGGUUUUUUAAUCCAGUAAUAAUCGAUAAUUAUAACGACGAUGCGGAUUUUACCCAUGAUAAAGAAUUAAUCCAAAAAAUAAAUUCCAGUGGAUAUGAGGAAAUCAAAUUCGAAGUAAAUAAAUCGAUAAUCGAAAUUCAUAUCGUAGUGAAUGGAAAUUUAUCCUGUAUUGGUAUUGAAAUACCAAUUGGCAACGAAUGGUACAAUACUGUGCCAAUAACGUUAUUGUUGGCACGAAAGAACGACACAGACGAGAUGGAAAUCGUGGCGCUUAACGCUCCACCGGGUGGUUGGUUCUUGAAACUCACUGGGGAGGGAGCUUCGAAAUAUUCUUUUCUAGUGAAAAAAAUUAAAAGAAAGAUUGAUAAAAAGGAUUUUAAGCUUGACGAAGAUAGAAGUUUGAUGUGGCAUCAUAAUGAUACAGAUUCGGAAUAUCGUAUCGUCUCGAAUACGAGUUACGAAGAAACUCAAAGUAGAUUCGAUAACGUCGAAGUCUUCGAUGAACCUUCAGAGGCUAGUCGAUUAAUUAUUUUGAACGAUGAAUCGUCAGAAUUUUCAGAGACUAGAAGUAAACGAAACGAGAUUGAAAAGGAUGUGGAAAAUUUACAUGAUGCGUUAUCAUCGAUACAAAUUGAAGAAAAUGAGAAGAUUCAAUUGAAAUCGUUCAAUGAUCGAUCGAAUAAGAUCAUUUUUGAGAAUGACGGCGUGCAACAGGCGAAUGUCAAUGUCUCGAAUGUGAUGAAAAAUGUUAACAAACAGGAACAUUUAAAUGAAUUUGCACGAUUAGGUGAUGACGAAAAAGAAGAAAAGAGAAGGAUAAUCGUAAAAUUGAAUGAAAAUAGUAAUCUUUUUGUGAGACCAGGAACGAUUCAUAGAAUAGUUUUCGAUGUAACGAAUAAUCAUUAUCAAACGAUCAGAUGUGAUUUCAAAGUUCGAAGCUUACCUCUGAUAGUUUUUAACAUUCAACCGAUUUUCACAUGGAUUUUUGCUGGUCGUACGAUUAAUGUGUUCGUCGAUGUCGAAGUACCAAGAGGAACUAGUCAAGAUGUUAUCAAUACUCUAACAUUAUACGUGCAAGGUUCAGAAAUAAUGGAGAAAUCAGUCUAUCUUUACGUUGAAGGCAACUUUCCAAACAUCGUAGACGAUACAAAGCCUGCGAUCGAAUACAUGUUCAACAAUAAUUGCGCGGGAAAAUUGAGUAAGGAAAAAUGUACGAAAUCUCGUUGGAGUGUCGACAUUAGAAUUCAAGAUUCUGAAUCCGGUCUCAAAAACGUAAAAUCAUCUCCGAACGAAAUAUAUCCACGUACGGAUUUCAUAAGUGGCACUCGAAAUCCUGUAACAUUUUAUUAUUCAGCUACUUGUUGUUCAACUCAGGCAAAGAUUACAGCAACCGAUUUAAAAAAUAAUUAUAAUACAUAUACCAUAGACGUUACAGCUUGGAAUAAUUUAUCCGAAGGAGAAAUAGCAGCUAUUACGGUCGGUGCAAUAUUAAUUCUAGUAUUAAUAAUUUUAAUUAUUCUAAUUAUAGUUUUUUGUGUACGUAAAAGAAAGAGUCACGAUUUGCCUUACACACAAAGAUACGGUUCACGAGCACCCGCGCGAGCAGAAAGAACUAGCUUCUGAUUUCUUACUGUUAAUUGAAGCUUGCGUAAUUCUACAUUAUAUAAUACUAAUUUCUAAUUAUUUAUAGACAAACACUAGAAUCAAAAUUGUUUUUUGUCAAGCGAAAAAAUUCGAGACCGAUUAAUUAAGUAGACCUUUAUAAUUA